GCACCGCGAGGUUGUUUUAGUUGUUUUUUGACAAACCAUUUCAUUUAAUAUAAGUCAAUAAUAAGUAAAUAUAUUUGCCUGGAUGCUAUUAGCAGUCGCAUGUUUGACCAACUCGUUGUUCGAGUAUUAAAAGAGUGCUUAAAAGUUUAGCUAAAGCGUAAAGCUCUUGCAGGUUACCGUGGUAGCCCGUAACUUAGCAACGGCGUUUGACGGGACUCGCGGGAGAAUAAACAAGAGCAAAACAAACGGAGUGUUUUCCUGUUUACGUUUCCUGUGAUAUUUACUGAACAUGGACGGACACAAUUUGGGAAACGAAAGGCUCAUAGUUCCAAAUGACUUCACGUCAUCAGCACUUUCAAGUAGUAUCCAGAAAGAGUUUAUACCCCCAUCGCAUUUUACAUCGAGGGUCCAGCCUGUCGUAGCAAACAGAAGCGCAAAGAUCCGACCCAUCGUAUCCAUUUCGUGGAUAAACCCAAGUACAGCAUCGUUACCAUCAGAGGAGCAUUCCAGUCCUGCCAACCCAUGGCUCGCCAUAUCCCAGGCCCAGCAGGAAAUCUUGGAGCUGAAGAGGGAAAAUCAGAGGAUCUUAAUGUCACAAAGAAAAAACAGAGGAGUAGGGGUUGCUGUGGAUCAUCCUUCCGACCUUAGGCCAAGGUGUCCAGGAAAAGGUGACCAGUGGUCUAGAUGGGAGUCAGGCUGGCACCCGGAGGCGGAGAAGCACAAGGCCGAAGCUGAGCGGUUGAAGGGGCAGGUGGAGGCCCUGAAGGAGACUGCAGAGAGACAAAGGGACGAAUUGAGGGACAGAGACUACAAACUGAACAGACAGAGCCAGGAGUUGGAAGCGCUGUGCAAAGAGCUACAUGAGGCUAAUGUAGUGCUGGGUAAAAUCAGGAAGGAACUCAGUGAAAGCAGUGCACAGAAGGAGAAUAUAAGAUCACAGCUUGAAAGACUGGAGGAAGAAUCUUGUGAGGAAAUUGCAAAGCUGAGAAGUACUUUAGAGAGGAGUAAAGAGGACUCCCGGGAGCUUGUCCUGAAAGCUGAAAUGAGCAGGUUACAAGCUGAGGAGGAAGCCAAACAGCAGACUCUUAAAUUAUCAGAACAACUGGAGGGAAUGCGCAAGAAGCAUAAGGUCGAGCUUCAACAGUCUAAUGCUUACCACAGUGCAGAGCUGGAUGCAGCAAGCAUUACCAGCAGAGAACUACACGGCAAACUUCAAUCAAUGACCUCAGAGGUGCUUGAGCUGAAAAAAAAUCUGGUGGUGAUAUCUACAGAGAGAGACGGGCUGAAAGAACAUUUAAGCCAAAUGGGACAAGCGUUUGAAACACAAUCAGCAACACUGCAUAGCCUCAGAAAUUACAUUGGUCAGCUUGCCCCAGAGAAAGGAGAGAAGGAACGAUUAAAUGACGCUGUUGAGAGGCUGAACAAAGAGAAAACAUCUCUCCAGAAGACCACAGAGCUUUUGACUGUCAGGCUUCACUCUGUGAAUGAGAUACUGGCCCUCCAAGAAGAGAAAAUGAUUACGAAGACCUUGAAAGAACCACUUCUGAAGAAUGGAUCAGAAAGCCUUCAAGUGCUCCGGCUCUGGAGAGAGAAAGUGUUCAAGUUGUGUGUCCAGCUUCGCUCAAAGGACAUUGAAUCAAAAGGAGAGAAGAAUGAACUUCUUUCAAACGUAAGAGCCAUGGAGCAGCAGCUCCAGCAGGAGCAGCACCGGACUAGUGUGCUCCAACACAGUGUAGAUAACAGGAGAGCUGAGCUGGACCUGGAAAGAGUGGAAAAGGAGACACUGAAAAUGGAAUUGGCCCAGGCUCACAAGGAAAAUUCUCAGCUGAAGUCACAGAAUCAAAAAGCAGAAGCUGAUCUUGAAUCUGUUUCUGAAGCAGUGCAGAGGUUUACUUUAGCAUUUGAAAGCAAGGUGGCAGAAAUGGAUGCAGCUCAAACAAGGCUCAACACUUUAACACAGAGGCUAACUUUUGCUAAGGGACGAGUGGAGACAAUCCAAGGUUUGGUCAUGAGGAGGGUUGCUCUGCAGAAAGUUCAGCAGGCCAGUAAACAUGCAGAACAGGCUGCUGACAGCAUCUCAAACCUGCACGCUGAGCUCCGUUUGGUCUGUGAAGAGAGAGACAAACUCACAUGGGAACUCAAAAGAACCCCGGAGCUCAUUGAGAGAGCACUGGCUGACCUAAAAGAACAGCAUGAAGGCAAAGUGCAUCAGCAGCAGCAGGAGCUGGAGCAGAGCUGGAUGGAGGUCCGUCAGGCUGUGGCAGGUAGACAGGAGGCUGAAGAGAACUUGCAGGAGAUCCAGACCCAGCUGAAGGAGAGUGAAAUCAACCUGGAGAAACUGCGCUUUGAGUUCCUCAACCAGCAGGAGCACAGCGAACGUGUGCUGCAGGAGAGAGUGUCUGAGAUCAAGGACCACUGUGCUGAGAAGCUGAGAGAGAUGGAGGAGCAGGUCAAUACUGCCAGAAGAGAGCACACCAAAGCAGUUAUGACUUUGCGUCAGUUUGAAAAAGUGGCAGGAAAGAAACAGGAUGAGAUGAGAAAAAGCCACCACUAUGAGUUUGAACAUAUAAAAAAUAAAGUCCAGAUUAAACAACCCAAGGAGACCAUGAAAGACAAAAACCUGCUGCUGGUCUCUGUUGCUGAGAGAGAGAGUACGUCUGAGUAUACAAGAGCACAGACAACAGCUGUACAAAAGUCUCAAGCACCAAGGGAACAACCUUCAGACAUAAAUACAGAUGCGAGGCUCCUGUCUGUUUUAGAAGAGCUCCACAGUCUCAGUGCUGCAGUGGUUAACAGCUCUGAGGACUCUGCGGAGGAGGAGGGACAGAGUGACAGCGUGACAGCGUGGGACUGUCUACAGGCAGUCGGGCUGCUGAAACCUGAUGAUGAGUCACUUGAGCCAGCAAACACACCUUUAAUUUGUACAAGAGGUGGGCAGUGAUGAUGUGUACAGAGCCAAAGAAAUACACAGGAAGAAAAAGAAUGGCUCUUUAGAACAGAUACUGUUCAUGAAUUGAACAAAAACAUUUCACCAUUUCAGUACAUCUGUGUUACUAGAGGACGGCUUUUAUUUGAAGAGAAUUUUGGAAGAUAUUAAUGGACAAAGUAUUUAAUUCAAUCAACGUUUUGGGCUGAACAAAUAAUACAAAAGCACUUCUUAACACAAGGGGAAGGAAAGAGAUUUUUUUGUUUUUAAUGCAAUUAUCAAUAGUUUCUUCUUAGGAAUCUGCUUUUCAAUUUCUUGCUUUCUCUUAAUUGCCUUACCACAGAAACUAUGUAGACAGAACACUUUAACUUCUGACCCUUAUUUUAAUGAUAUCCCCUUUUAAAAUUUGUCCUUGAAUAGUCUGUGUUGUUCCCUUUAGGAUUUAAAGUCAAACAAUUACCAAAUUCUAUGGUGAAAAGGAUCAUUCACAUUUUGAGUCACAUCAAAUAUAUAUAAACAUAUUUUAAGAUUUAUUUUUGUAGGACAAUGAGCAGAGUAGGAAAUCGGCGAUAGAGUGGGGAAUGACACUCAUAGCCUCUGUACAGAGGGUGUGACCUAACCGCUAGUCCAUCAGUGCCCU